GCCAUCAUGGCCAUCCAGGUGCUGGAUGCUCUGGGCAUCAAGAAGGCCUUUGCUCUGGGAACCAGCCAGGGAGGAUGGAUCGUGGCGAGAAUGGCCCUCGUGGCACCUGAGAGGAUUCAGGGUCUCUUGAUUCUCGGCAGCUCGCUCGACUACGAGUCGGCCGCAUCUCGGGAGAAGGGAUGCUGGGAUCCUGCCACGAUGCUGGGCCCCGUCGUCGACAGCCUGUUCAGCAAGGAGCCGACUCCCGACUUCCUCAUCGACGAUGGGCUGCGGGAGAGCGUCGUCAACAUUGGCUUCUCCGGGGCCAUCACCCCCGAGGCGGCCGACUUCUGGAAGGCCACGCUCAACAAGGUCUACUCUGGCGACAAGGGGCGCAAGAAGCUGCGUGGAGCCUUCCUCAACCUCCUGGAGCGAGAUGGCCUGCUGAGGCGUGUGCAGGACAUCAAGUGCCCUGUCUACUGGAUUCAGGUGAGUAAUCAGGAUCCCGUCUACGGCGUAGAGGUGCCAAAGGAUCACAUCAAGGCCUUCACGUCUUCCGUGGAGACGGAUCUGUCCUUCACUGAUGGUGGCCACUACCUUAAUGCCACGACUCCCAAGGACGUGGAUGCCAAGCUUCUGCAGCUGAUUAACAAGUACUCUGCGUUGUGAGGGUUUGUAUGCAUGGAUGAAGUUUUGAGCUCGC